AUGGAAACUUCAAUCCGAAGACGUCUUAAACCAGUGCUCACGUCAUGCGAGCAAAGAAGACACUUAACGACUGCGAGGGUUAGCCCUUUGGGAGGUGAGGGCGCGCCACCGCUCGAGGCGUUCACAUUCCCGCCAACCGAGUGUCGCGACCGACACUUCUGGGCGACCGUCAGAGUCGGCGACCGAGUGGUGGCGGAAGUGGUGUCGCGUUGCGGCGAUUCGUCCGCAGCGGUGGUCAACGCGCGGCUCAUUCGCACCGAUGACCGACUCCUCUAUGACCUCAAAGUGAACGCUUUGGUCGACGACCGCACGGCUGGGCCCACAGGUCUCGACCCCAAGGAUGUGGUGGUCGUCGCCGUCACAGACGUGUCGCCCGACAAACGACUGAAGUGUCAAUUUGUGGCCAAAACUGACUUCAAUUACCAGUCGUUGAACCGCUUCUCAAACAUUUCGUUCAAUAAUUACACGUCCUCUUCUAAGAAGAUUUCAUUUGUGGUGAAGAAGAGCGUGAAAUCUGCGCCCAAAUUGUCGCCAAAAAUACCCGGAUUUGAGAAACAGAGGGACAGAGGAGACGGACGUAAAGACUAUAAACUUUCCGAUAAAAUGAGAAAACAAUUGAAAAGAGACGAAGAGAUUGAACGAAGGAUUCAGGAAAUGGCCUCAAAAACUGUCCAUAAAUUGAAUAAAUGA